GAAGAGCGGGCAGAGCAGAUCCGUUCGAAGUCGCACAUCAUCCAGGUGGAGCGGGAGAAGAUGCAGAUGGAGCUGAGCCACAAGAGGGCUCGAGUGGAGCUGGAGCGCGCCGCCAGCACCAGCGCCAGGAGCUACGAGCGGGAGGUGGACCGCAACCAGGAGCUCCUGACACGCAUUCGGCAGCUGCAAGAGCGGGAGACGGAGGCAGAGGCGAAGAUGAAGGAGCAGCUGGAGCGCACCAGGCUAUGUAAGCAGAGCCUGGACGCGGCCAGCAAGAAGCUGCGGGAGAAGGAGGACAGCCUGGCCCAGGCCGGCGAGACCAUCAGUGAGUUAAAGGGCAGGAUCUCAGAACUGCAGUGGACUGUGAUGGACCAGGAGAUGCGGCUGAAGGGCCUGGAGUCCGAGAAGCAGGAGCUGCGGGAGCAGCUGGACUUGCAGCACCGAAAGUGGCAGGAAGCUAACCAGAAGAUUCAGGAACUGCAGGCCAGCCAAGAAGCGAGGGCAGACCAGGAGCAGAGGAUCAAGGAUAUGGAGCAGAAGCUAUCGCUGCAGGAACAGGAUGCUGUGAUUGUGAAGAACAUGAAGUCUGAGCUGGUGCGUUUGCCCAAGAUGGAGCGGGAGCUGAAGCAGCUGAAGGAAGAUAACGCCUACCUGCGGGAGAUGCAAGAAACCAACGGGCUGCUCAGGGAAGAAGUGGAGGGGCUGCAGCGGAAGCUGGGGCGCCAGGAGAAGAUGCAGGAAAAUUUGGUUGACCUGGAGCUGGAGAAGGAGAGGCUGCUGGCAAAGCUGCAGAGCUGGGAGAGAUUGGACCAGACCACGGGCUUGAGCAUCAGGACCCCAGAAGACCUCUCCAGGUUCAUUGUUGAGCUGCAGCAGCGAGAACUGGCCCUGAAGGACAGGAACAGCUCCCUUGCCAGCAGUGCCCGGGAGCUGGACAAGGUCAGGCAGCAGCUCCAGGAGGAAGUCCGCCAGGUUGGCACCCAGCUGCUGGAGGAGAGGAAGAAGCGCGAGACGCAUGAGGCGCUGGCCCGGAGGCUUCAGAAGCGGGUCCUGCUGCUGACGAAGGCUCAGCUGUCAGAGGCGCUGGAGGAGCUGGGUGGCCAGAAGCAGAGAGCGGACAUGCUGGAGAUGGAGCUGAAGAUGCUGCAGUCGCAGUCGGGCCCUGCUGAGCAGAGCGUCUUGCUGUCCAAGGAGGAGGUGAGCUCGCUCAGGCUGAAGAUCGAGGAGCUGGAAGGGGAGCGGAGGCGUCUGGAGGAAGAGAAGAAGCAGCUGGAAACGCAGCUUGAGCAGCUCACCCUGGCGGGUGACUACGACCAGAGCAGAACCAAAGUACUGCACAUGAGCAUGAACCCGGCCAGCGCGGCGCGGCAGUGCCUCCGCCAGGACCAGGCCCGGCUGCAGGAGGAGUGCGAGCGGCUGCGGGCCCUGCUGGGCACCCUGGAGAGAGGCGGCCCCGUCCCGGCCAGCCUGGAGGCCUCAUGUCUGCCGUCGUCCAAGGAGGUGGCAGAGCUGAGGAAGCAGGUGGAGAGCGCAGAGCUGAAGAACCAGCGGCUCAAGGAGGUCUUCCAGACCAAGGUCCAGGAGUUCCGGAAAGUGUGCUACACGCUCACGGGCUACCAGGUGGACAUCACCCGGGAGAGCCAGUACCGCCUGACAUCCAUGUACGCCGAGCACAAGGACGACUGCCUCAUCUUCAAGAGCAGCCUGGUGAACAGGCCGCGCAGCUCCGCCCGCCUGCCCCCUGGCGCAGGCGUCAUGCAGAGUGCAGACUGCUCCGCCGCCCUCGCCUCCGGGCCCCGCCCCACGUGGCCUGCACGGGCCCUCCUGUCUGGUGGACACCAAACUCCUGCGGCUCGCAGAGCCAGGGUGACUGAGGGCCAACACGGCAGCCUGCGAGGGUGCUUCAUGGAGGCGAUGCCAGUGGUCAGCUGA